UGUGCAGUCGCCCUGCCGCUGAAUGCGAGCUUAACUGCCAGCUUUAGCAGCGGUUCUAUCUGGAUCCUCCGCGCACAACCUACAACAAUUACUGAUUAUUACUGAAGACCUUUUCUUCUUUUGGAAGACAGUUCUUCACCAUGGGCGACAAGAAAAGCCCUACCAGGCCAAAAAGACAAGCUAAACCAAGUGCUGACGAUGGAUAUUGGGACUGUAGCGUCUGCACCUUCAAGAACAGUGCAGAGGCUUUUAAAUGCAGCAUUUGCGAUGUGAGGAAGGGCACAUCCACAAGGAAACCCAGGAUCAACUCCCAGCUGGUGGCCCAGCAGGUGGCUCAGCAGUACGCGAUGCCUCCCCCGCCCAAGAAAGAGAGGAAGGAGAGGCCUGAGAGGGAGCACGGCCCGGACGGGGAGCUCUUGGAUGGGGAGGGGGAGCACCCCGAGGGAGAGCUUCUGGAAAGAGUGAAGCCAGAAGGAGAAGGAGAACCUCCCCUGGAUAAAGACGAGAGCGAUAAGGAGAAGCCGGAAAACGACCAAGCAGCAAAGCCAGAGCAAGAGGAGGAGAAAGGGAAAGAGAUCAGCCCAGCCAGGCCCAUCGCCAAGAAACCCAGCAUCAAAGAGAUCAGCCUAGCCGGGCCCAUCGCCAAGAAACCCAGCAUCAAAGAGAGCAGCCUAGCCGGGCCCAUUGCCAAGAAACCCAGCAUUAAAGAGAGCAGCCCAGCCGGGCCCAUUGCCAAGAAACCCAGCAUCAAAGAGAGCAGCCCAGCCGGGCCCAUUGCCAAGAAACCCAGCAUCAAAGAGAGCAGCCCAGCCAGCCCCAUCGCCAAGAAACCCAGCAUCAAAGAGAGCAGCCCAGCCAGGCCCAUCGCCAAGAAACCCAGCAUCAAAGAGAGCAGCCCAGCCAGGCCCAUCGCCAAGAAACCCAGCAUCAAAGAGAGCAACCCAGCCAGGCCCAUCGCCAAGAAACCCAGCAUCAAAAAGAUCAGACCCAAGACAGACGUUCAUCAGAGUCUACCCAGCAUACAGUCUGGGGAGUCAACAACCAAGAUCAACAACUCUCACAUCUCCAGACCCAAACUGAAGAACAUUGACCGGAGCACCGCUCAGCAGCUAGCCAUAACGGUGGGGAACGUGACGGUCAUCAUAACGGACUUUAAGGAGAAGACCCGCUCCUCGUCCACAUCCUCGUCCACCGUGACGUCCAGCUCGGGCUCCGAGCAGCGGCACCAGAGCUCUGGCUCCGAGAGCAUGGACAAGAGCUCGUCUCGCGCCUCCACCCCCAAAGGAGAGCUCUCUGUGGGGCACGACGAGUCCUUCUGAGCCCUACAGUCCAGGUGCUCCGUGAUGACUCUGUGGAUCGGAUCCCUUAGGGGGAGAUAUUUCACCUUCCUGCCUCCUGCCUCCGCCUUCCUUCCAUCACCGUCCCAGGAUGCUGAGAAAGCUAGCUGAUUGGAGCAGUCUGCCUUCUGAUUGGAGCAGCCCAUGGCGUGCGCCUAAUGGAGAAACGUCCAAUCAUGGGUACACGUUGAGCAUGGCCCAGGCGGGAGAGUGGGGCUGAUGGGAAUAGCGCCCCCAUUGGUGGCAUCCUGACACUUGUAUGUAUUGUUUGAUAUUUGUACGUGGAUGUGCGGCCGACAUUUUGUUUUUGUGUAAAGAAAUGAUCUGCUGUACACAAUAACCACCACCAUUUUAGCAACUCUGAAACAUGACCCUUAUUUAUUACUUGUUGCACCCUUAUACUUUGAGAGACUUUUCUUUUGUUGAGGCUUUGCUGUGUAGUUGUACCCAUCUCUCACUUUCACUUGUUUUGAUGGUUGAACUGGUAGGAUGGGACAAGACGCUUGAGACCACUACACACUGGUGCUACAUCGAUACACUGUGAAACAGUUUCCGACGUGGGACUGUCAUUCACACGAUCCAACAAAAGUGCUAAUAACCCAGAAAUUCUCUCUCGCUCUCUUUCUCUCUCCCUCUUUCGCACACUCUCACUCUCUUACACUCGUGUCUGAUUUUAGUUUGAACCUCCAUGUGGUCUUUCAGGUUGAUGUGUAGAGGUGAAUGUGCAGCAUAUGAAGGUCACCUGCUUUGUUUUGAUUUGAAAGGCCUACAAUGUCAACUCAACACACACCCAAACCUUUGUCUGAUAUAUAGCAUCUAUCUUAUACAGUCCGUGUCUCCUGUCCUUAACUCUAUAGUGUAGGCUAUUGUGAAAAACACUAAAGUUGAUGUUUUUGCAUUCUGUCGCUUUAAUAUUGGUUAGCCAGUUGAGGAAAGGUGUGGUACCUUUUUUUAUUUCUGUAAUGACUGAAAGAAAGGUCAAGUUCAGAUCCACCUGUCAAGACCACAGUUUGAACUGUAAUAUAGUGAUGCCAUAUACCGUUUAUGAUAUCCAACUGAUGCUAAGGGACUUCAGGUUUUUAGAAGUCCUAGUGAACGUUUACUAAUGUUUUUUUUUUGAAUGCUCUGGUUUACAAAGUUGUGAUUUUUCCAGUUUAUUUAGUGCAAAUGCCUGGACAGUUCAUGACGAUUUGAGAAUUGAUUUGAGUGACUUUUUCUGCUAAGAUAUAUUUAAGACUCCAAUAUGUAGGUUAAUUGAAGGCAGAAACAUUGCAAGUAGAUGAUAUAGCUAAUAGAAUAAUAUUGAUUUUUAUUUUGCAUUUUCAAAGCAGUAAACACUUACCUAAAUAACCAAUUAAAUGGUUCUAAUUCUCAUUCUCCUUAGAUGAAAAUAGACCAUAAUUUCCUCUUAACUGUAUUAAAUUGUAUAAAGAAUAAAUGUGUAUAUCUUAGUUUUAUUUAUUGAAGGACCAAAGGAAUUUCAUAAUGACAUGAUACAUAGACAAAUGAAUAACAAUUUGAGAUGCAAUUAUAAAAUGUGUGAAAUGAAAUACAUUUUAAAUAAAGACUAAUAUAAUCAA